ACUCGCUGCCGACUGCCCCCUACUUGUCUCUCCCCUCCCCUGUUUCUCCCCAUGCUCCUCUCGUUAUAAAGCCGCGUUUACGCGCAGUGAGUCCCUCCACACAGCACAGCCCAGAGGCGGCAGCAGAGAAGCACCGAUAUAUCACACACAAGAGAGAGAACGCAUCUGUUCUGUCCGUGUAGCCUACAGCAGGUGACUUGGCUGAGCAUUCGGAGAUAGACACAAGAGACUUUGAGCUGAUCCUGAGCCAAACCAGUCACAGUGUCUCCAGCAGACCGAGGGACGGGGCUCAGCCAAUCAAAGUGAUUAGCAGACUCGGACAGCCAAUCACGGCGACUCUAGCAACAUGACGACCAACCAGCUGUGGCCAACUGAGAAGGGUAUAGAAAGACUAUAACUGCCUGUCUACCCCAUCACCCUGUACCCCUCUACACCGCCUUGAACUCUCUCGAGCCCCCCAUCAACUCCCAGUCACUACCCCCUCAGAGGGAGUUUAGUAAGCACCCUCUAACAGCCUCCAAAGCCCUUUCUUCCACCAUGACCAACAACAGCAGCUCCCCUGGCAUCUGGGAGACCACUGAUUGGUCCGAGUCAGGCCAGUGCCCUCCCUCGGUGUGCGGGGCCACAUUCCUUAUUGUGGCCUACAGCACGGUGAUCGCGGUGGGGUUACUAGGCAACGUGGGCCUGGUGUUCAUCAUUGGGCGGCAGAAGGAACUGCGUAACGUCACCAACAUUCUGAUCGCCAACCUGUCCUGCUCGGACAUCCUGAUGUGUGUGGUGUGUCUGCCAGUCACUGUCAUCUACACUCUGAUGGACCGCUGGGUAUUGGGGGAGGCACUCUGCAAGGUCACUCCGUUUGUACAGUGUGUGUCAGUGACGGUGUCGAUAUUCUCCCUGGUGUUGAUUGCGUUGGAGCGCCAUCAGUUGAUCCUGCACCCUACUGGCUGGUCCCCAGCAGCAGGCCACUCCUAUCUGGCCGUAGGUCUCACCUGGUUGGUCGCCUGCUUAAUAUCCCUCCCCUUCCUAUCCUACAACAUUCUGACUGACGAUCCCUUCCAGAACCUCACACUGCCCGCCAACCCCUUCAGAGACCAUGUGAUCUGUAUGGAGAAAUGGCCGACAGAUAGACACCGUCUGGCCUACACCACCUUCCUGCUGCUGUUCCAGUACUGCGUCCCCCUGCUAUUGGUGCUGCUCUGCUACCUCCGCAUUUUCCUACGCCUACGUCGACGCAGGGACAUGGUGGAGCGGAUCCGGAACGCCCGAGGAGCCCAGAGGAUCAAUGCUAUGCUGGCGGCCAUCGUAGCUGCCUUCGCCCUCUGCUGGCUGCCGCUCAACGUGUUCAACACGAUAUUCGACUGGCACCACCAGGCGCUGCCCGCCUGCCAGCACGAUGCUUUGUUCUCUGCCUGCCACCUCACUGCAAUGGCCUCCACCUGUGUCAACCCUGUGGUGUACGGCUUCCUGAACAGUAACUUUCAAAAGGAGUUGAAGGUUCAGCUGCAGCGCUGCCACUGUGGCUUGGGGGCGCCAGAGAGCUAUGAGAAUUUCCCGCUCUCUACCGUCGGCAGCGAGGGGAUAACCAAGAUGUCAACGCUGAACCGGGCAGGGUCAAUGAGCACCGCGCUGCCUCCACGGGCCGAGCCCAGUGUUAGCAUACGCAGCUAACGUCUAGCCAACAGAGUGGCUAAUGCUAAUGGAUGAGUAGUGUAGCGUGUACAGCUGUCAGACAGGGUGUAAACAACAAGGAUACAGUUCAUAUCAAGUAAGCAGCAAACAGACAAACCCUCAAAUGAACAGAGCUGGCAUAGAGCAGCUAACGCUAAUGGACAGAGCUAGCGGCUGAUGCUAAAGAGAGACAGAGUGGAAAUAAGCAGCUGGACAGACAGGACAGACAGAGCUAGUUGGCCCCAGUUUCCAUGAGGUUCAAUCCAUUUCUGAAUUCCUAUAAAGCAUUGCAGGCCGAGCAGACUAUGCAGGACUGAUGUAUGCACUUAGCUAAAAUAAAAAUGAACGAACAGAUCCAUACAGCUAAUCAACGGAGCAGCUCGUGGACAGAGUGCACACAUGCAGCUACGCUAGGUAGCACACAGCUGGAGAGACUGCGACAGAGUGACAGACCCAGGGACGUGUGGGCUCUGUUUCCAUGGUGAUGGGGUAUUUCUGAACUAAGUCAGUUUGUUCCCAGAAGAAUUGUCGUCACCAGAGUUUGACAUCAUCCUAGGGUGUUAAGCUGCUGUCACGCCAGUCAGAUGGAUGGAUGGACAGACGGUCAGUCAGUCAGUCAGACAAUUCCAAACUCAGGGCUGCCUUGAGCUGAUAUGACAGCUGUCUGUCUAACAUCAGAAUAACCCUGUUGACACUGACAGCCCUCCCUCUUAGUCGCUGUCUCCCUGUGAGCUGUUCAGUAAUCAGAGAGAUCAGUCUGAGACAUGCUGACGAAAGAGGGGAGGAGAGAGAGAGAGAGUCCCUGAUGUUGCUUACGCAUUGCAGACAGAUCGUACAUACACAGAGCUGGCUGACCGGACUGGCUGUCUGGUCUACUGACUGUCUGGCUGGUCUACUGUCUAUCUGUCUGGGUGGCCGACUGGCUGAUUGGCUGGCUGGCUUACUGUAGAUCUUCAUCAAUAAUUUAUGAUUGUACAGAACAGUGGAAAUGGAUGUAAAAAAAUAUAUAUCAUGAUUUUUAUAUUUUUGUCUAAAAGUAAAACAAAAUUCCAGUUCUUUCCAUUUGUGGUGAAAGUGCCAAGGCUCCAGCUUGAUGUUGUGCAUCUGUAAUUUUAUAUAUGGAGUGUUUUUGUUAUUGUUUUUGUUAGCUCUGAUUUUUAUGAUCCAACCAUAUCGCUCAUGUAUAAAAUUAGUAUUAGCUUUGGUGUGUGUGUGUGUGUGUGUGUGUGUGUGUGUGUAAACCCUCUUAGGUGUAUGUUCAGGAUAUAAUCACCUCAGCCCUUCUCAUUGGCUCCUGCUCCAGACAUUGAGGCCUGUUUGGAUCUUAACGUCAGGCAGUUUCCUGCUUCACUAGAGCCAAUCAUGUGUUAACAUGUAAUUGCUGCUACAUGCUAAUGUGUUAGCUUUGGCCGGUCCAGAAACAAUCCUGGCCCCUAACUCCUGGGCCUUGAGUGCUGAACUAGAACAGGAUCCUAGUGCAGAUAUGAACUCACCACUGUAGUACAGAUGUCGGAUUUGAAUUUGAUCACUCUUUUGUCCCUCUCUCGCUUGCUCAAACACUGAAGCACCAGACAAUAUUUUUCCCCCCUACUGCUACUGUAGUAAUAGGUCCUAUUACUCCAACAUUCAAAUGUACAAAAAUGUAUCUGAAAUGAACCUAUACAUUAUAUAGCUUAAUAACAAAAAUAGAAAUGGGUCCACUACGACAUACAAGUGUAUCCGAAAUGCAGCCGUACAGUAGGCUACACCCAAACUAUAGCCUAAAUGAAUUGCACACAUAGGCCUACAACAUGAGAUGUUAAGGUGAAAUUGAGGGUAGUGAGGUAGCCUACGGAACGUUAUGUCGCGUAAGAGAGCGACUGAUAACGAAUACAUAGGCAAAGAGGUUACGAGUCAACUAUCGAAAUGUAGUUCAAUUGUGGCAUGGGGUGGUCUAGCAGUCAGGGUUGCUACCUUCAGUGCCGUGUAGGCGCGGGCUUGGUUCUGGCACACACCCUUCUGACACCCACGUCCUUCUGACACCCACAUCCUUCUGACACAUAUCAUUCAAACCACCCGAUUGACUUGAUUUAGUGACACAUUUCAAAGACACAUUGACUUUUUUUAUUUUUUAAAGAGACCAUACCAGACACUAAUAUUUGAAAGACUUUUGUAUUUAAUGGGUAACAUAAAUAGGAAUUGUGAAUGUGAAUAUGAAUAUCAAAUAAUAACAGUAGGCUACGCCAACAUUAGUUUCCAUUCGUACAAAGUGUUGGGGGUAAAAUGCCACAGUCGAUUUGCCGUGGUAAAUGAGGAAACACUUGAUUUCAAUUGUACUGAAUAUUUGUUAAACACAUAACUCACCCUUAGUCUGUUCGAAAAGGACAGAGGCCUUGGUUCAAUCGGAUCAAUUGUUAACCGGAGAAAGCAGACACCCGCAUAGCCAAUGCUUUGGCGUUGUUGGAGAUGGAACUGCACCCGAGCCAUCAAAUGGUGAGCAGCUGCUCUUGCAAUCAUUGUCAUGAAGCCACACCUGCCACCCUUGAAUUAUGAAAUUCAGAACGAGGAAGUGAACUGCACUCCGUGCAGCCAAUGGCAAUGUCCGCUUUAGGUAUAAUCAGUGGUGUCUAUUCAUGGGUGCCAAGGGAAGCCAGGCUUCCCGAAAUAUACAGUACCAGUCUAAAGUUUGGGCCCACUUACUCAUUCCAUAGUUUUUCUUUAUUUGUACUAUUUUCUACAUUGUAGAAUAAUAGUGAAGACAUCAAAACUAUGAAAUAACACAUAUGGAAGUAACCAAAAAAAGU